AUGAGCGACAAGAAGAUGCCCGCGUCCGACAAAACAGCGAUGGGCGUGGCGAAGCAACGGCUGAUCGAGACUUGUAUGCCGGAGGCCGAGCGAGUGGUGACAGAUCCGUACGCAGAGUACUUUGUCCCGGGCGCAUCCGUGAUCAAGUGCAUGGGUGGGCCUUGCAACGUCUGGCUGGGUGACAAGAUUCUUCCAGGAGUCCAUCAAUUGCUGAUCGCUCGUACGCGCCACUUUGAUGAGGAAGUGAUGGCCGCAGUGAUGGCCGGCGCGACACAAUUUGUCAUGCUGGGAGCUGGCUACGACGCACGCGGCUGGCGCUUACCGCUGCCGAAGACGGUGAAAGUGUUCGAGGUGGACCAGCCCGAUGUGCAAGCUUUGAAGAAAGCCAGGCUUGCCGGGGUGCCCGGUCUCGCGCUCGACGCAGUGAGCUUCGUUCCAGUGGACUUUACUGUGGACAGCUUAGAGACGGAGCUCAAACGCUGUCCCGGCUUCGACCCCGCGGCGAAGUCAGUCUUCCUGCUCGAGGGUGUGACGCAGUACAUAUCCAAGACGGCGACAUCGAGCACCCUGAAGAGCCUUGGCAAGCUGUGCGGCCGUGGUUCGCGAAUCGUUGUGUCAUACGUUGACCAGAACACGUACGACGCCCCGGCAAAGGUGUGUGGGUCGGGCUAUCCAGCCCCCGAGAAGAAGGUGGGCCUCCUCGUCAGCUUGGCCGCCAGGGUGAGCGAGCCAUGGAUCAGCGGCUGGUCGCAGGCCGACUUUGCUGCCUUCCUCAAGAGCACGAGUACCUUCCCGAAGGUGUUGUCUGACGUGUCGAUCGACGUGCUCGGCGAACGCUACUUUGCGCCGCUCGGAAGGCCGAUACCGGCCGAGGAGCUGCUGCUGGUAGAACGGUACGCAGUUGCCACGAACUAA